CAUAUAAAUUAAUCAAAUAUAAUAAAUGUGAAUAUAGCCAUUUAUACAUCAAGUUAAUCUACUGCUAUAAGCAUGCAUCUGUCUGUGUGUGUCGAGGGCUGCAUGAAUGGAAUGUACAGACAUUCCGUUUACUGCAAACAGCAAACAUAAUGGGCCUCUUCCUUUAACGUUAUAUUAAUGGUGACCUCCAGUCUGCUUGCAGGAAGCCAAGAAAAGAUAAAGAACGACAAAAUGUAGGAACACGCCUUGAAGGAAAUCCUGUGUAAAAGUACAAAGUCUAUCCCCCCCAGACUUGAAGAGUGAUUCUUUAUAGAAAUGGCAGGAGCCACCAAACCUCCUGAACACUUGUGACACAGGACUGAAGAAUGUGUAUCAUUUUGGGGAUUCAUUGUUAGAGGAGCACUAAGAUAAAAUGAGUAGGCUAGCAGCAGAUGAAGAGAAGAAGAACCUUGGCCUGAUGUUGGAUUGAACUUGGACUCAACAGGUUCCUUAUGAAGACCACGGUCAUCAAUCAAAAUGCAGUUCAACUCAUUCUAGCAUCUACUCAGUCAAAAGAAACAAAGCUGUGGCUGAAGCAAUUGCAGUGUGGAAAGUUUUAGCUGAAAAAACAGCAACAGUGGCAAAAAGGAAAAUGGAACUAAUUGUAAUCACCGAGACGUCAACAAUGAACGUUCACUUUGACGCAUGCAUCCAGUUUUAACAGCUUGUUUGUGUCUCUGCAGACAUAAAAAAAGAUCCCAACAUCAGGAACAAGUAAAUGGUAAAUUUUCAAUGACAUCCUGGAUUGCAUCGAAGGAUUAUGCUUCUUCUGUCCAUUUUGAUUCGUAAAUGAGCCAGUGUUAUGGAGAGCUUGUAAGAAACUCCGUUGAAAGAUGAAGCAGCAGCUGCAUCACAAGCCAAGUCUGUAUCCUCUGCUGUGGUUUUACUGAAGCUGCGAUCCGAUUGGCUCUCUCUGCUCUGGUGGGCGUGGCUACUGUUGCUGUGUUGAUUUAUGACAUCAGAUCCAGAAGCCUUCAACAGAAGAGAAGAGAGAAGACAACACCAUAUGAUUAAUCAGAUACUCAGGAAAGUGGAGAUGUUCUUCAACGAGUGGAAACAUUACAUUUUAAAACUAAAUUAAGUAAUUAGUAUUUUUUCCACUUCAGUUGUAUUUGUAGCACUUUUCAAAAUUCCUUUUUUUUUUCUAAAGCAGCUUUACAAGGAGUAGUGACUUACAAACGCACUGAUCAAUGAGACUGUCAAGUAAUAUUUUUAUGAUAGUAUUUCUUGUGUUUUUUUGUAAAAUAAGUUGCAAGAUCAAAGACUCCCGCUCAAUGAGAAAGUGAUCUCUACACCUGUAGUUAUCUGAAUAAAAACUUUAUUGCAUCUGAGAAAUAAGAUCCUGUAAGUGAAAUAAGACACAGCUGCCAAUGUUUGACCUGUUUUAUGACUUAUUAGUUUAUUCUAAUAUUCUAGUGAUAUUGCUUUCCACAUUUUAUCAUACAGAAUAAUGUGAUGCUAUUUUUUAAACUUUUGUUGUAAGCCUUGGUUAAGAUUCAGUUCACUUCAAUUGAUUUGUGUGCUUAUAUUUAUUAAAAUAUUUAGUUGUAAGUUAGUGGACAUUUCUUAUUGCUUUUUUGAGUCAAAUGAAAUAUGAAAUAAAUUAUUAAAUGAAAAAUAAAUCAUAUUAAAGGGCUAGUUAACCCAAAAAUGAAAAUCUGUCAUUAAUUACUCACCCUCAUGUCUUUCCAAACCAGAUUUAUCUUUGGAAAACAAAUAAAGAUAUUUUUUGAUGAAAUCCGAGAGCUUUCUGACCCUACAUAGACAGCAAGGGUCCUACCACGAUCAAGGACCAGAAAUGUAUCAAGAACACUGACAACAAAGUCCAAGUGACAUCCGUGGUUCAACACUAAUGUUGUGAACCUAUUAGAAUACAUUUUGUGUGCAAGAAAAAUAAAAUAAUGACUUCAUUCAAAAAUUGUUCUCUGCGUCAUCUUAGCUACAUUUUGGAGAGUACUAAGAAGCAUUUGCUUUCCUCGGAACGUAAACAAUGAGCAGUGCAUGUGUAUUCUGUGUCAGCACCAAACACACACACACACACACACACACACACACACAUGUUGUUUACCUGGAGAUCAAAGCAUGUGUAUGCGCAUGCAUAGAAAUAUUCAAAGCUAUGAUUGUUUAUUGAGUAUUUUUUUUAUUAUUAUUUAAGUUGAACUGUACAAUUACAAAAUUGAAAGCAAACAGAAUGGUUUCUCUAGCUUUGUUAAAUUGUAGACCAACUAAAAAUUCAACUUCACUCUCUGACUGUAGAUGGCAGCACUACAAAGCAGCGCAGCACUUAUAAACACUGCUUUAUUCUGCAUUAUACAGAGACGAGAUGAAAAGUAAAUGUCUGAUGUGUCUCUUCUCCUCUUUGCGUCCGUCUUGUCCUGUCUCUGGUCUCUGUUAACAUCCUGUUUACAACUUCCUCUGACGCUCUUCAUGCUGAGGGUGUUUGUCACAAGAACUGGCUAAGAGCUUCAUAUUCUUUAAAUAAUGUAAAAUGUCCCAGAAAGAGUUUGUCUUCUGUUUUCUCUCUUCUGUCAGUAAAACAUUCACGAGAACAUGCACCACACAGAAAAGCCUCCUCAGCUGAGACCCAAACCGAGGACCUCCUCGCUGUCAGGCCACAGUCAAGCUCUUUCUCGAAGCUUGGUUAUAUCAGCUAUAAACUGAAUGCAGUAACAUCAAUGAUUUAAUAUCAAAUGUUCAGAAACCACAAGCUUCCUCUUAAAAUGCUGAGCUGGGAUCAUGAGCCAGUAUUGUUUCAAUCUUAAUUACUACGGUCUGUCUAUAGUAUGUGAAGACCGUGUGUGAAGACAUACAGACUGUGUGGGAGGUGUAACUGGAGCAGUUUCUUCACACUUACCUCAGAGCUUCACUCAACCACUACAAUACACACGACAGCGCUCAGCUCUCCAGCUCUUCUGUCACUUUCAGCUUUCAGAAACUUAACAGAACAUUUCUCCUGUGUUUUGUUUUAAAUGUCAACUUUUCUGAAUUCAGGUCGGUUGUUAUUUGAAGAAAAUGGGAAAUGUUGAGACUUUUAUUUUCAUCUGUUUGUGCUCAUGGAGUCUGGCCGGUGUGUUUGGUGAUGAAGUGAAGUUCGUGUCAGUGAUGGAGGGAGAUUCUGUCACUCUGAACAUCAAUGAUACUGAUAUACAGAAAGAUGAUCAGAUCAUGUGGAAAUUUGGACGCUUUCUCAUCGCUCAAAUCAACAGAAAAAUCAAUAAGAGCAGUGUUUAUGAUGAUAAUGCUGAUGGGAGAUUCAGAGACAGACUGAAGCUGGAUCAGACUGGAUAUCUGACCAUCACAAACACCAGAAUCACAGACUCUGGAGAAUAUACAGUACACAGCAGCAGAUCAGAGACACCGCUCCACAUCUUCAAUCUCUCUGUCUACGCUCCUGUGCCUGCUCCUGUCAUCAGCAGAGACUCUUCACAAUGUUCUUCAUCAUCAUCGUCGUCGUCGUCAUCAUCAUCAUCAUCAUCAUCAUCAUCAUCAUCCUCCUCAUCAUCUUCAUCAUAUUGUUCACUGCUGUGUUCAGCUGUGAAUGUGAGUCAUGUGACUCUCUCCUGGUACAAAGGAAACAGUUUAUUGUCCAGCAUCAGUGUGUCUGAUCUCAGCAUCAGUCUCUCUCUUCCUCUGGAGGUGGAAUAUCAGGAUAUAAACAGCUACAGCUGUGUGAUCAACAAUCCCAUCACAAACCAGACCACACAUCUCAACAUCACUCAACUCUGUCAGACAUGUUCAGAAGUCUGCACCUGCUGCUGUGGUUCUACUGAAGCUGCGAUCCGAUUGGCUCUCUCUGCUCUGGUGGGCGUGGCUACUGUUGCUGUGUUGAUUUAUGACAUCAGAUCCAGAUGUCUUCAACAGAAGAGAAGAAAGAAGACAACACCAUCCGAUUAAUCAGAUACUCAGGAGAGUGGAGAUGUUCUUGAACAAGUGGAGACAUUACAUAUUAAAACCACUGAGCUAAUUAGUAUUUGUUUCACUUCAGUUGUAUUUGUAGCACUUUUCAAAAUUCAUUUUUUUUUCUAAAGUAGCUUUCCAAAGAGUAGUGCCUUACAAUCAAUCAGACUGUCAAUAAUAUUUGUAUGAGAGUAUUUCUUGUUAGUUUUUUUGUAAAAUAAGUUGCAAGAUCAAAGGCUUAUUAAUUUAAUCUAACAUUCUAGUGAUAUUGCUUUCCCCCUUUUUUUUCACACAGAAUAAUGUGACGGUAUUUUUUUAAACGUUUGUUGUAAGCCUUGGUUAAGAUUCAGUUCACUUCAUUUGAGUUGUGUGCUUAUAUUUGUUAGAAUAUUUAGUUGUAAGUUAGUGGACAUUUCUUAUUGCUUUUUUGAGUCAAAUGAAAUAUGAAAUAAAUUAUUAAAUGGAAAAUAAAUCAUAUUAAAGGGCUAGUUAACCCAAAAAUGAAAAUAUGUCAUUAAUUAUUCACCCUCAUGUCUUUCCAAACCGGAUUUAUCUUUGGAUAACAAAUAAAGAUAUUUUUGAUGAAAUCCGAGAGCUUUCUGACCCUACAUAGACAGCAAGGGUCCUACCACGAUCAAGGACCAGAAAUGUAUCAAGAACACUGACAACAAAGUCCAAGUGACAUCCGUGGUUCAACACUAAUGUUGUGAACCUAUUAGAAUACAUUUUGUGUGCAAGAAAAAUAAAAUAA